AUUUACCUCCUCUCCCAUCCCUCCUUCCUCUAUUCCUCUAUCCGCUCCGACACCGACCUGCGCUCCGGCCGAUCCGGCCGAAGGUUCGAGGCUCCGGCCGAAGGUUCGAGGCUCCGGCCGAAGGUUCGAGGCUCCGGGCCGUUUCACGGUGGAUUUCCGGGACCGGGACCGCUCCUGAACCCCCUCCCCUUCCCCGAGCCCCGAACAUGGAAGAACUUACGGCAUUCGUGUCGAAAUCCUUCGACCAGAAGAGCAAGGAGAGCAACAAAGAAAGCAUCACGUACCGGGAAGUUUUGGAGAGCGGGCUGACGCGCGCCCGCGAGCUGGGCAGCCCGGACUCGAACCUGCAGGACAUAACGGACCCGGCCCACUGCGCCGUGCACAUGUUCAAGGAGCACGAGCUGGACAAGGACAAGCUCAAGGACUUUAAUGUUUCCAGGUCGACGGACGGGAUCUACGAGCUGAAGGAGAAGAAGGAGGAGGUGAAGUCGGAGGACGAGGACCCGCAGGGGAAGCUGAAGCAGCGCCGCAGCAGAACCAACUUCACGCUGGAGCAGCUGAACGAGCUGGAGCGGCUUUUCGACGAGACGCACUACCCGGACGCGUUCAUGCGGGAGGAGCUGAGCCAGCGGCUGGGGCUGUCCGAGGCCCGGGUCCAGGUUUGGUUUCAGAACAGAAGAGCGAAAUGUCGAAAACAAGAAAACCAGAUGCACAAAGACAUCUUUCCCUUCUCCCCAGGUGUGAUCCUGGGCAGCGGCUCUCACCUGGACGCCUGCCGCGUGGCGCCGUACGUCAACAUGGGCGCGCUGCGGAUGCCCUUCCAGCAGGUCCAGGCUCAGCUGCAGCUGGACGGCGUCGCCCACUCCCACCCCCACCUGCACCCCCACCUGGCCGCCCACGCCCCCUACCUGAUGUUCCCGCCCCCUCCCUUCGGACUACCAAUCGCGUCGCUCGCCGACUCCGCCUCCGCGGCGGCGGCGGUGGCGGCGGCCGCCAAAAGCAACAGCAAGAACUCGAGCAUCGCCGACCUGCGACUCAAGGCAGGACUUCUGCGGGGCCAGUGGCUCAGUCCACUCCAGGCACAGAUCACAUCCCAGGGACCGUACAAACACAUGUGGAUGUCUGUGUGAGGCCCCGAGGGCCGGGCCGGGGCCCCAGGGCCGGGCCGGGGCCCGUCAGACCAGAGGACGUUAGAACCGCUAGAAGCAGGCAGAACCGGGCAGAACCAGGCAGAGCAAGGCAGCAGCAGGGUUGUAGGGCUGCCGCCGGGAA